UAAAAUAGGUAUAAACUGGCUGCAGUUCCACAGAGUAGAUUCUUUUUUUCGACUACUGAGCGCCUGAUAAUCAUACUAAACGAUGACAAAAGUAUACAUCGUAUCUGGUUGCAGAACUCCCAUAGGUAAAUUCCAGGGACAGUUUGAGCAACAUUCAGCUGUAGAAUUGGGUACCAUUGCUGUAACUGAAGCUAUAAAUAGAGCUAAACUAUGGCCAGAAGAUGUUGAACAAUGUAUCAUGGGACAAGUCCUUACUGCAGGCCAAGGCCAAAAUCCUGCCAGACAAGUAGCCCUCAAUGCAAAAAUGCCCUGCGAAACCUCUGCUUAUACCAUCAACAUGUUGUGCGGAUCUGCUUUAAAAUCCGUAGCUUUAGGGUUUCAAGGAAUCAAAAAUGGCGAUUACAGUAUUAUUGUAGCAGGAGGUCAGGAAAAUAUGACAAGAGCUCAACACACUACUCACCUGAGAGGAACCAAACUUGGUGCUUUGGAUUUGAAAGAUUCGCUUUUAUUGGACGGUUUGACUGAUGUUUUUCAUAAUGCACACAUGGGAGACACAGCUGAGCAUUUGGCUAAAAGUUACAAAGUAUCCAGAAAAGAUCAGGACGAAUACGCGCUAAACUGUCAACAGAAAACAGCAGAAUCGCUGAAAAAUGGAUAUUUUGAAAAGGAAAUUGUUGGAGUACCCCACAAAAGAACCAAAGACUUGAUUGUCAAGGACGAAUUUGUCAAUCCUAAAUGUACAAUUGAAAAAUUGAGCAAAUUACGUCCUGUUUGGGAUCAGACUUCUGGUACAGUAACAGCGGGAAAUUCUUCAGGAAUAAACGAUGGUGCAGCUGCAAUGAUUCUGGCAAGCGAACACCAAAUCAAAUGCAAAAACCUGAAACCAUUGGUGGAAAUUAUUGGUUUUGCCGAAGGCGGUCUUGAACCCAUGUCAAUGGGCUUGGGACCUAUUCCUGCCAUAAAAAACUUGCUUCAAAAAAUAGGUUGGACGAAAGACGAUGUUGACCUCUAUGAAAUAAACGAAGCUUUCGCAGUGCAAAGCAUGAUUUGUAUCAAAGAGCUUGGACUUGAUUCGAGCAAGGUUAAUGUAGCUGGAGGGGCUCUAGCUCUGGGACAUCCUAUAGGAGCUUCGGGCAGUAGAUGCUUGGUGACUUUGAUUUAUAAUUUGUUGCGUUUGGGUAAAAGUAGAGGGGUGGUUUCGUUGUGUAUUGGGGGCGGUAUGGGUAUCGCUAUGGCAGUCCAAACUGUUUAAGUACCUACUGUGAAAUGUAAAAUAUUAGGUACCUGAAGUAUAAAUUUAC